AUGGCACCCAGCAGCCGGCCCCCCAGCCUCCCGUCCAUCCCGGACAUCGCUCUCGACCUCGACGAGAAGGCCCAACUCCUCCCCGAACUCGAGGAGGUCCUCAGCUCAGGCGCAGAAACCAGCACCACCCUCGACGAGGAAUACGACUUCCGACCCUCGCGCUCCCACAGCACGCGCACGCAAAACUCCUUCCACCGCCGCAUCGUCCUCCCCUCCCGCUUCCUCUCCAUCAGCAGCAGCCACGCGCCCACAACACUCACCACCCUCCUCCUAUCCCUCCGCCACCACGACGUAACCUGCCAAACAACUCCCCCCCCACCCAAAAAACCAUCCACGAAUCCUGGACCAUCAUCUACCACCACCCCCCGCCGCACACCAAACUGCACAUCCGCGCCGCUGGGCAUCACCCUCUGGCGGCAAUUCGACCUCCGCGCCGCCGAAGAAGGCUCCGUACUAUCCGUCGUGCCCAACACGCACUUCGAGCAGGCGGAGCUGGCGGCGACGGUGGCGCUGCACGAGGCCAGCGUGACGGCGAGCGCGGGGCGGCGCGGGGGGGCGGCGCCGAAGCGCACGCUUUCGAAGCCCAAGAUUGUGGGGAGCGCGGCUGGGAAGGGGGCCAGUGGUGGGGGUGUUGGUGCUGGUGCUGGUGUUGGGGAGGGUUGGUGGGAGGGGGCGGUCUACGCGGCGGAUUUGGAGCGGCGGGUGCGGGCGCUGGACUGGCGCGUGCAGGAUGAGAUUUAUGAGUUGUUGAGUGACCGGGUGCAGAGCAGUAGUAAUGCGUUCCGGCGGCGGGAUUGGCGGGUGGUGGCGCUGACGGAGGUCCCUGGGGGUGAGCUGACGGACGCGCCGACGGGGUUUCGGGCGUUUGGGGAGGUGAAGAGGGGGUGGUUUGGGUUUGGCAAGACCAGGCGGCUGAGUGUCAAGGCGAAGCGGUGGCCGGAUAUGCCCGUGACUGAGUACAGGCUGAUCCUGAGGGGGGCUGAGACCAAGACGAAUGACCAGGGCUGGGGCCAUUACAACCGGUACAGUCGGCCAUGGCGGGCUGCUGAUGAGAAGGAUAUUGGGGACAGGAGACGGUGGUCCAGCUUCACGGGGAAAAGCGAGAAAUAUGUUGACUUUUGA